AUGGAAGCAGAAAACCGAACAGGCAUUUUAGAGUUCAUCCUCCUUGGUUUCUCUGAAAACCCAGAACUGAAGCCCCUCAUAUUUUGGCUCUUCCUAUUGAUGUACCUGGUCACUGUGCUUGGGAACCUCCUGAUCAUUCUGGCCAUCAUCUCUGACUCCCACCUCCACACCCCCAUGUACUUCUUCCUCUCCAAUCUGUCCUUGGUGGACAUCUGUUUCAGCACCACCACAGUCCCCAGGGUGCUGCUGAGCAUCCACACAGAGAACAAAGCCAUCUCCUACAUGCACUGCCUCACCCAGGUAUAUUUUACCAUGUUUUUUCCUAUUCUGGACACUAUGCUCCUGACGGCAAUGGCCUAUGACCGCUUUGUGGCCAUCUGUCACCCCCUGCACUACACAGUCAUCAUGAACCUGCGUCUCUGUGCCCUGCUGGUUUUUAUCACCUGGUUCAUUGGUGUGACGACCUCCCUCCUUCAUAUCUCUCUGAUGAUGCGUCUGAUGUCACCCAGAAACCAAACACGUGUCUCAGAAUUCCUCCUCUUGGGACUCUCAGAUGAGCCAGAACUGCAGCCCCUCCUCUUCGGGCUGUUCCUGUCCAUGUACCUGGUCACCGUGCUUGGGAACCUUCUAAUCAUCCUGGCUGUCAGCUCUGACUCUCACCUCCACACCCCCAUGUACUUUCUCCUUUCCCACCUGUCUUUUUCUGAUAUUUGUUUCAAUUCCACCAUAGUUCCAAAAAUGCUGGUGAACAUCCAGACAGAGAACAAAGCCAUCAGCUAUGCAUGCUGCAUCAUACAGAUGUAUUUUUUCUCAGUUUUUGUGUGUCUGGACAGCUUACUCUUAUUGGCGAUGGCCUAUGACCGGUUUGUGGCCAUCUGCCACCCCCUGCACUACACGGUCAUAAUGAACCCCCAGCUCUGUGGUCUGCUGGCUCUCAUCUCCUGGUCUCUCAGUGUCCUAGUGUCUCUCCUCCACAGUCUCAUGGUAUUGCAUCUCUCGUUCUGCAUGCAAACAGAAAUCCCGCACUUCUUCUGUGAAUUGGUUGAGGUGCUCAAGUCUGCCUGUUCUGAUGCUCUCAGCAACUACAUUGCACUGUAUUCUGUGAGUGGUCUGCUAGGUUUUAUUCCACUGACUGGGAUCCUUUUCUCUUACUGUAAGAUUAUUUCCUCCAUACUGAAAAUGUCCUCAGUGGAGGGUAAGUCCAGAGCUUUUUCCACCUGUAGGUCUCACCUAACAGUCAUUUCCUUAUUCUGCGGGACAGGGUUAGGAGUGUGUCUCAGUUCUGCCUCUUCCUCCUCCUCCGCAAGGAAGGCAACUGCCUCAGUGAUGUACACUGUGGUCACCCCCAUGCUGAACCCCUUCAUCUACAGCCUGAGGAACAGGGACCUGAAUGGGGCCCUGAGGAAACUGGCCAGCAGGUCUUUCUUCUCUCUGUGA